AUGGAAAAGUUCAAGAAUAAAUUCCUGAACCCCCACCGUCGUUCGCGGCGAGACGAUGACAUGGAGAAAUUGAGAGAGCCCAAGGUCUCGCCUGUUGCGACAGGCGGGUUCAAGCACUGGGCCGUGGCUUUUAUAGUUUGUAAUUUCAAUGUUGAUAUCGGCCCAGAAAUCGAGAUUCUAUACCCUCCAGAUGUGCCCUUUACGACGGCCGACCUGAGUGCUAUAUGCUUCAACAGUUUUCCUGAGCAACAGAACACAGAGACCGCCGAAGACCUCUGCUACGACUUCGCCAUCGCCAACAACUCGCCUGACAUCAAACUGACUUCGCCGAAUGCCCCUCAUGGCAGCCCAGACACCUUAUACGGCUCAUGUAUCUUCCGCCAAGAGUUUGACGACACCAUGAAGAGGAGCUUCAAUCAAAGAACACUGGUCAUGAUUUCCCACCACAACUUCACUUCCUUCCAUCAUCGCAUCUUACAAAAGAUGACAGAGUCCGGACCCCUCAGCGACCCAACGACUCUAGAAGCUGCAUUCUCACAGAUGAACACAUGGGCGCCCCCAGCACUCGGACGUCACGAUCUCCCCUUCAUGGGCAGCAUGUUGACCCUGGACAUCGCACCACAUCGCGCCUUCCCUCUCCAAGGACUCCCAGGACCCACGCCACUAAUCUCCGACAUCCCCCUCUCCAUCUACGCCUACGAACCCGUCGGCUCCUGGGAUAACAUUAUGCACUACAUGCCCUGCAUCACAGACCUCUAUGUUCUGUACGAAAAGCUCAUCCUCUGCGAAAGCGUCAUCGUCAUCGCAAAGUCACCCCAGUUAGCCAGUGAAGCCGUCUCCUCCCUCGUCGACCUCAUCUGCCCCGUCCCCUAUGCCGGUGUAGUAAAACCCUACAUGACCAUGCAAGCAAACUUCAAAAGCAUCGGCAUCGACGGCGGGACCCCAACCUCCUUCAUCAUCGGCGUCACAAACCCCUUCUUACUCAAACGCAUCGUCGCCGCCGCAGAAGCCAGCCACAAAGCGCGGCCACACAUCCUGUACCUGCAGAACUUCGACGGCCCCGUCCCAACCCGCCGCCACCACUCCCUCCACCACAAAUCUAGUCGCAACGCCCUCCUCGACCUCCCCGGCGGCGGCAUCGAAGUCCACACGCCCUCGAAACGCUUCCUCAAAUCUGACCCUGCAGUCGUAUCGCAAAUCGAAUCCCUCCUCAAACUCGGCGACCAAACCCGCGAAUUAGGCCCCAUAAUCCGGCGCCACUUCGCCGAGCUCACCGCCCAGUUCAUUGCGCCCAUAAACCGCUACCUCGCUACCUCCAACGUCGUUACGCCCGGCGGCGCAAACCGGUACGCCAGUUUCCACGUCCCGGAUCUGAUGAGCAGUGUGAGCAAGUAUGGGACGAGUGUCAAGUUUCGCGGGUCGAACCCGCUGCAGAGACAUAGGGCAAGGGAUGGGCUUUAUGAGAGUUUUUGCAAGAGCGCGAGUUUUUAUAGUUGGUUGGAGAUGAAGAUUAGUUUGGAGAAUGAGGCUAGUGCGGGGAUGUUGAAUACGCCUGUUGCUUCUUCUGCUGGUAGUGGGUGA